CCCGACGACUCCUCGCAGCAGUUUGUGGAGCUCUUUCUUGAAAUUAAAGCAUAUUUAGAGUAUUUGAAGGAACCACCUCAUAUUUAUGCUGUGGAAAGUAAGGGCCUUGAUGAGAAUCGACAGGCAUAUCUUAUUAGUAGCAUCAAGAACAAGGCACAAGAGCUUUCUAACUACCCAAUGCUUGUGACGUUGUGUGAGGAAGCUGGAGAGAUCCUCUCGAAUAUGAAUCAUCCAACAGGGGAUUGUCCACUGUGUCUAUAUCCUUUAGUGGGAGAGGAUAAGGAUGGUUCUGCAUUGCCAUUUAUGGAGUUGAUGUCAUGCUACCACUGCUUCCACAGUGACUGCAUUAUGAGAUGGUGGGAAUGGCUCCAACAGGGUGAUGCGAACCCUAAGGAAUGUUAUACAGCAGUAACCACUGGAGAAGGAUUGGAUUUGUCCAGCUCAGACAAGCAUUAUAAUGUGAAUCAGCACAAAGGAUUUUGUCCAGUUUGCCGCGAAGUGUUCGAUGAGAAGGAUAUUGAGCAUGUACGUGAUCUGUUGGGUGCAAAUACUUCCCGGCUGGCAUCAUUAACAAUUGACCUGGGUGAAGAGGAAAAGGAAUUGCUCCAUUCUGAGUUAGAGAUGAACAGAAAGAAAAAUUUUGAGUCACUGGUUAAUCUGCAACAAGAACGAAAUGGCCUGAUCAAACCGAAGAACGACCUCGCCAUACAGCAUGGAAUGUAUGUUUCUCUUCCUCCCAGCGUGCCAGCUACAGUUGCAGGAGACAAUGAUCCCUGCGAAGACACCACUACUUCAACAUCAGAAACAGAGCAACGCAGCCAGACAAACAACACCAGUAGCAAUAAGCACAAGAAUUCAGGCCAUCGAAGGAGAAACCAAGCUAACGCUUCUAGAAGACAACCUCACAGCCAGGCUUCUAGGCAACAAUGGCAGAUGAAAGGAGCAGACACUUCACACCAAUAACAUUGAAGCAAUGAGGAGGUUGAAUGUGAAUUGUUGUUUUUUAUCAGUUAUGUAUAUUGAUGGCGUGCCCUGCGUUCCUUUCAUAUUUAUCCGACCAAAGCUCAUGACACAGCAGCAUGAUUUUAACGCUGUCAUUAUGGCCGAGAGUUAGAGGACUAUGCAUAGCAUAUUGGUACUCGAGAAAGUGACUAUGCAUAGCAUAUUGGUACUCUGGAGUUUAUUAAAGAGAGAACAAUGCACUGGAGUCCAUGUCACUGCAAAGUAGAGGCUAGCUUCUGCUGCGUAACGCGAAUAUAAAAC